CACUCCAGUAUAAUAGGUGGCGAUGUGCACCUGUCAUGAUCGUCUGUAACCCGCGAAAAAAACAAAUAAGAAAGAUUUCCGGGUGCCGUUGUCAACACACCGGUAGUCUGCAACUUAGUUAUAAAGUACAUAUUAUUUAUUUCUGGUGCGAAUCGCUUCAUCGACUCGUCACCUAAAAGUUACAACUGUAAAGUUUACAUCAAAAAGCAAAUGGAGGGAGGUUUCCCUUUUGUGCAGACCCUAACUCGCAUAAAAACUGAGGAUGAAAUCAUCAGUCCCCUUUAUUUCAACAACCAAGAUGAGACCUCACAGGACUUUAUAAAUGAAUGCCUAAAAACUGAAAAUGACACCAUACUGACACUGAAAUCAGAGCUAAUUUAUUCAGACAUUCAGGCAUCCAAAGAUCAAUUUAAAUCUGAUAAAGACGUCUUCUCAUUCCUUCACUCUCAGGAUGAUGAUAAAGAGUUUCUGGACCUUGGUCUGCAAAUCAAGAAGGAAGCAUUUGAUAACUUUCCUGCUGGCCUUAUACCUCCAAUUGAAAUGGAGGAAGAAGAAUUUGAAAUCGCUUGGAACACUCAUGCUUCUGUAGAUAAAACACAAAAUAUACAACAAAACAAAAUGGUACGCAAAAAGAACUGUUCAGCUAAGCAGUACAAAACCCAGAAAAGCUCUAAGAGAAAAUCUGAUGCAUCGAGCAAAGCAGCUGGAUGGUCGACAGAGCAGACUGAAACAAAAAACAUCAUACCAACUCAAAUGAACUCCAAUUUAAGCAAAAGAAAGAAAAGUGUAAUUACUCCUGAGAAGACAGGUGAAGCCAGAAAACCCAACCAACUUCACAAAGAAGAUCUGUUUAGUUGUGAAACAUGUGGGAAAGCAUUUCAUCAAUCGGCUCUUCUUACCGAUCAUGUGAAGAUUCACAGAAGACAGAAGCCAUACACCUGUGACCACUGUGAAAUGAAGUUCGCCAAGCCAUCUUAUUUAAAAAUACACUUGCGUAGACAUGCUGGUGAUCGGCCAGUUUCAUGCGACUGCUGUGAAAAGCGUUUUUUUGACAUAUACGACCUAAGGGUUCACCAGAGAGAUCACACAGGAGAGAGACCCUUUUCGUGCUCUGAAUGUGGAAAGGGUUUUAAGCGUAUUUACACGCUUAACAAACAUAAACGGACACACUCAAAUGAGAAACCAUUUCAGUGCUCUUUGUGUGGUAAAGCAUACAAAUAUGGCUACAGUUACAGGUUGCAUUUGAAGGAUCAUCUUGAUUAGAGUCCACAAUGUUCAUCGGCGUGUUUAUGAAGAGUUUAGUGGGAAUCUGAUUUGUUUUUAUUCCUUAUGAAAAUAAGGUGAAUAUGUAAAGUGUGGUCAUAUUUUUUAUAUAUUUAUUGGAUUGUUAAGCUUUCUAACUGAAAUGAAUUAAAUUUAUUUAUGAUAUUGUGUUUUAAAUGAAUGAUUGACAUCACCCAACACUAACAUAUGAUUGAUUACUCCAGUAAUUUUAAUUAUUCCGAUAUUCCAAAGCAUGUAUGUUUAUUGGAUAAUGCACACUGUAAAAAGUGAAAUGUUGGAUCAACUUAAAUUGGUAACACCUAAAAAAGAUUUUUUUUCAACUUGUAUGUUUGUUUUUUCAGUUCAUCCAACUGUUUACAAUGUAGCUCAUUAUACUCUUAAAAAUAAAGGUGCUUCAUGAUGCCAUAAAAAACAUUUUUGACUGACUAGACAUGCAUUGCCUAAUGCAUAUUUUUAAUGUUUUGAAAAUUAUGCAUUUAAAUUACUUGUGUCUCUCAAUAAACUAAUAUAUCCCA